ACAUGUCCUGCUACACCCCGUGCCGUCCCUGCCAGCCCUGCGGCCCGACCCCGCUGGCCAACAGCUGCAAUGAGCCCUGUGUCAGGCAGUGCCAGGACUCCACUGUGGUCAUCCAGCCCUCCCCUGUGGUGGUGACCCUGCCCGGGCCCAUCCUCAGCUCCUUCCCACAGAACACCGCCGUGGGAUCCUCCACCUCCGCUGCCGUUGGCAGCAUCCUCAGCUCUCAGGGAGUGCCCAUCAGCUCCGGGGGCUUUGGCCUCUCUGGCCUGGGCAGUGGCCUCUGUGGCAGGAGCUGCCUCCCCUGCUAA